CUUUUCAGGUCUGACAUUUGCAUCUCCGAUCAUAAGUGUAUAGGUUAACACGUUUGAUCCAGCCAGGAAACAGGAUAUAGCUGGUGCUACAUCAAUAAUCCUUCUGGCCAAUACAGUCAAACCUCUAACUAUGAAUUGAAUAGGCUGGUUGUGUUGGGGCCUUUCCAACCCGAACCUAAGCCGCACUGCACUACAAGUACAUGUGCUUCUGAGACUGCAGUCUUCCGACAUGGAACAUGACCAUCCCGAUAAGUUUGAGACAAGCAAUCCACCUGCAUCUCCCGAUUCUGGCGCAGGGUUUUUGCAGAACGCCCCUUCGGUUCUUGGAAAGGACGGGUUGGAGACUAUAUUGGAUGGACACAGAGACAUGGUGACAUCUUGCGAUAAUGACAGUGACUACUGCAACAUCAUUACUACCACCAACAUCAACCACACUAUACCGCACGAUGCGGUAGCAGAAAUCCAGAAAGCAUCUGGGCAAUCUAGGCGCUGCAUGCCACUAGAGGAAUCGGAUGCUCAAGCUUCUCUUGGGACAGACAACGUCCAAUGUUUACGGAGCGACAUCUCUACGGAAUCUGAUACUGGCCACGCCGAUCUAUUUUGUCCGAGAAGCACAAGCUUAUCCACGAAGCAUAGCCUCAUUAAUAACCCCCCGAACCUUGCAAGGAUACGUCAAGUAAUGUUUGAGUGCAGUGAUCCAAUCGAGAUCAAUCUUGGGGAAUUUGAGACAUACUGGCCAUUUAUCGAUAACGUCUGGGUGAAACAGAGGUCAAAUUCUAGCAAGGAAGGCCAUUGCACGACUGAUUACUACAUGUGUCGCCUACGACGCCCUACCCACCGUACAUCAGAAACGCGGCCUCUCCCGGAAGGCAAACGCCCUCGAAAGAAAAGAGUACGGGAGGGUGGGAUUUGCAACUUUCAGAUCAAAGUCGUCAAGUUUGAAGGGGCGUAUUCGACUGUCACCAUCGCAAGAACCCCGGGCAGUAGUCGUGUACAUUCGCAUGACCUCGACUUCAUCGACAAAGUGAAACGAAACUCGGGUCUUAUGGAGUUUGCUCGGCGAGAGGCAAUAAAGGGUUACUUGCCUUCUUCCAUAUACACAAAAUUUCAAGAGGAGCCGAGUAAACUUGUCGAAGCUGGAGGGAGAUUUUGUACGGUGACAGACGUGCGCAAUGUCUCGGCGAAGUGGAGGAUACAGAACCCGGAGGUUAAGCUUGUGCCGCACGAGGGCUAUGAAUAUCAAAAGGGCCACGGGAUUCUACGAAUGCGAGCAGCUGACGGUGCCAGUAUUAUCCCGACCGACACGUCUCCAUUAAAAGAAACUAACAUACCAUCACCGUUGCCCCCUGAUACGCUCACGUUCCCCCAGUUUCACCUGGGCUUCCUUGAGCCUUACCUACCAAAGCAUAGUGUCCGGCGCCAACUACCUCAUGUCACAUUAUCAUACGCGUCUUCCAUGGAUUCCAAGAUAUCGCUGCUCCCAGGCAUGCAGACCGUGUUAUCGGGUCCAGAGGCCAAAUUGAUGACACAUUACCUCAGGUCACGUCAUGAUGCGAUAAUGAUCGGAGUCGGGACGGUUCUCGCUGAUAAUCCCGGACUGAAUUGUAGAUUGGAAGGUGCAGGUGGAUUCGGUGGCCUGGGAAGAAUGUGGCAACCGAGACCUGUGGUAGUCGAUCCUACAGGGCGAUGGCCAGUUCACCCCGACUGUCGAAUGCUGCGAACCACGGUGGAAGGGAAAGGCAAAGCGCCAUGGGUUGUGGUAUCGCCGGGAGCUAGAAUCCACCCCCAGAAGUUGAUGAUGCUCAAAGGCUACGGUGGUGAUUUUCUCCGUAUUAUGGAGUAUAAUCAGAACUGGCGGUUACGCUGGGAGGCUAUUCUACGUGCGCUGGCAUCUGAAGGGAUCAAGAGUGUCAUGAUAGAAGGCGGGGGAACCGUUUUGAGUGAGCUGUUGAACCCCGAAUACACUGAGUUCAUUGAUUCGAUCAUCGUGACUAUCGCUCCGACAUAUCUCGGCUCUGGUGGUGUGAGUGUGAGCCCAGAAUCGAAGCGUGAUCGGGAAGGCAAGCCGAACGCUGCCCUGAACCCUAAGGAAGUGAAAUGGAUGCCACUGGGACAGAAUGUUAUAAUGUGCGGGAAAAUCAGGACCACGUUUGCGGAUGAAUCUCCCACUGCUAAUAUCGAGCCGUAAUAUAUGCUGCCACUGAAAGCCAUUUCCCGAUGGAGGUGGCUUUUGGGACCAAGUUGAUAGUAAAUAAAAUUGCCAGUUGCAACAUCCACUC